AGUUUGAUUUUGAUUUUGAUUUUUUUUUUUUUUUUAACUUUUUUUAAUAAUUAACAAUACUCUUCCUUGAAGUUUAACUUGCAUUAUACGGACAGAAAAUUUGAGAUUAUUGUUGAUAACUUUUGCUGAAGAAGACGACAAAUUGAUUAAAAGAUUAAAGUUGAUAUCUUCGAUAAUCAGUUAGCUUAAUUAAGAUUAGGGUAAAUUGCUAAUUUUGGUCCCAAGAAACAUUAGGCAGACUCCCAAAAUUUAUCGACUCGGCAAUUACCGAUUUCUUCACCCCUUUGUGAAACUGAUAGGAAAAUGCAGCUUCUCUCAGCGACGCCAAGUUGCGCUAAGAGUUGCUCCCUGUCGCCACCGCUAUUUUGGCAAAAGAUGGAUAGGAGCGGAGAAGGAUAUAAGUCCGUGGACAAAACGCAGAAUGAAGAGAGGAAGUUCCUGAAAUGCUUGGUGCCACCACUCAUGGCUGCAAUUGUAGCAUUAUCUCCUCUCUGCAACACCCCAGUAUCACUUGGCCAAACAAUGGAUGCUCAAAAAGGAGCCACCUUGUUUCGUCGGGCUUGCAUUGGAUGCCAUGACGGUGGAGGAAACAUUAUACAGCCUGGGGCGACGCUCUUCUUGAAAGAUCUAGAAAGAAAUGGAGUUGAUAAAGAAGAGGAAAUAUACCGAGUAACAUACUACGGAAAGGGGAGAAUGCCAGGUUUUGGUGAGAAUUGCACUCCUAGAGGUCAAUGCACAUUUGGACCUCGAUUACAAGAAGAUGAGAUUAAACUUUUGGCUGAAUUUGUGAAGUCACAAGCUGAUAGAGGAUGGCCUUCUAUAGAAACUGAUGGAGAAUAGUAUUCUCAACACAGAAAGGCUGGUUUGUGGAACACCGUGCUAAAUAAAUUUCCAUCUCUGAACUCAGUUGCCAUAGGUAUGUGGUCUAAUUAGGAUUGAAAUUGAUGGAUGGGAUGAUUUGUUUGUAUAUCCUUUGAGACUGGCUUUUCAUUUAGCCGUUUAAUUUUAAUUGUAUUAUUGUGUUUUCUACUGCUAAAAGAGGUGCAGUGCCA